UUAAAUGAGAAAGGACAAGUUAAAUGACAAUGUCAGAGUUUGUAGUCUUAAGUCUCAUUUUCAUUUCAUGAUCUUAGAUCUAGUCUGACACUGCUCUAAAGAUCCUCUGUCAAAAAGAGCCAAAAUCCUUCUCUUAUCUAUUACUAUUGUUUCAUAAACAUAACUAAAAUCUUAGACCAACUCUGCCAUAUUGAGUCCAUAUGUGCUUUUACAGCUAAGUGUGUUCCUUUAAUAUGGCACACCUCUGAGGAUUUAAAUCCACAUGCAAGAUACAAACUAAUGUUCAAGGUGCAAAGAACCAACACGCCAUCGUUUUCUAUGAACUAUUGCAUGAAAGCUACUAGUUUCUCAUCCCAAGGUAUAUAUAUAGAUUUGGUUAAUGAGUUCAUGUGAAGCAUAACAUAACCAAUAAGGAAAUAGCAACAAAUUUAUAAUAUUUCAUUAGCCAAAAAAUAUCUAUAUAUGACUAUAUCCUGCUGGAAACCAACCGUGGAGGGUGGUGAUGGAGAUGUAAAAGGGAAAGUUGAUGGAUUGCUGUGGUAUAAGGAUUUGGGAAACCAUCUUUAUGGUGAAUUUUCAAUGGCUGUAAUUCAAGCAAAUAGUUCGUUGGAGGAUCGUAGCCAACUUGAAUCAGGACCUAUGAGUUCUGAUUAUUUGGGUCCUCAAGGAACCUUUAUAGGUGUUUAUGAUGGUCAUGGUGGAACUGCAGCUUCUCAGUUUGUUAAUGACAAUCUAUUCUCCAAUUUCAAGAGUUUUACAGCUGAAGAUCAAGGGAUUUCAGAAAAGGUUAUCAAAAGGGCAUUUUCUGCAACAGAUGAUGAUUUUCUGUCUCUAGUGAAGAAGCAAUGGCAAAACAAACCACAGAUAGCAUCUGCUGGUACAUGUUGUUUGGCGGGGAUAAUUUGCAACGGUAUGCUGUAUAUUGCAAAUGCAGGAGACUCAAGGGCUGUGUUAGGAAGAGUGAGGAGGGGAACAAGGGAAACAUUAGCCGUUCAGUUAUCUACAGAACACAAUGUUAAUAUAGAAACUGAGAGAGAUGAUGUUCGGUCAAAGCACCCCUAUGAUUCACAGAUUGUGGUUAUGAAACACUCAGUUUGGCGUGUGAAAGGCAUCAUACAGGUUUCAAGAUCCAUAGGUGAUGCAUAUCUGAAGAAAGCAGAAUUUAACAGAGAGCCUCUGCCACAGAAGUUUAGACUGCCUGAAACCUUUUUCAAGCCAAUUCUCAGUAGUGAGCCAUCAAUAUCAGUUCAUAAAAUCCAACCUGAAGAUCAAUUUCUCAUCUUUGCUUCUGAUGGUUUAUGGGAGCAUCUUAGCAACCAAGUAGCUGUGAAUAUCGUUAGCAACAAUCCACGCAAUGGAAUAGCUAGGAGGCUUGUGAAAGCAGCACUUAAAGAAGCAGCUAAGAAGCGAGAAAUAAGAUUAUCAGACCUCCAAAAGAUCGAACAAGGAGUGAGGAGACACUUCCAUGAUGAUAUUACAGUAAUUGUAGUAUAUCUAAAUUCAAAACUGAUUGAUAAUAGCUCUCUAUGGAGUUCUCCUCUUUCAAUCAGAGAUGGCAGGCAUGUCAAUUCCUAGAAAGAAUGAAAGAAACCUCUCUAAGCAUCCAUUCAAUACUUGGUUUUAGCAUUCUUGUUGUAUAAAGAAGAUAGGUAGAUAACUUGACAUCACAGUCUCCCACAGUAGUUUAUGGUUAUGGUUGAAUUGAAACUUGAAGAUUCUCAUGGAAACAGUUUCUCUUUAAAAUCCCACAAUCACAAAUUUAUGUUGAUAGCAAAAAUUAAGAGAACAGUAACCAAGCAAAUUUUAAAUGCACAUGAUUCUGUUUGUGAUCUGAUUAUGAAGGUUUUUUUUUUUUUU